AUGAACUUGGACUCUAGCUUUUCAGCAGAUUUCGAAACCCUAACGCCUGCACUUGAUGAAACAGGAGCAAUGGCCCAAUCGCGCCUUAGCCCAAUCGAACAAUUUGAACCCGACACUAUAUUUCAAUUGAAUGGAGCGACUAUCGUACGGAUGCCUCGACUUUAUACAGGACGUGUCUUAACAGAGGCCGACUUUGCAAGAAUAGAUGUCUCGGCAAUACUCAGCUUAGGCUCCCGCUUACGAAAUCCACAAGUGGGUCCCACAAGUGGCCUGCAAGAGGAAGAAAUUUCGAAAUACCUGGAGAUAAGGAGUAGUAUUAUUGUGGGUGAUGAGAAAACUGUGUGUGCAAUUUGUCUGGACAAUGUAUGUGGGAAGGAGGAUAUGGUGACAAUAGUCGAAGGUUGUGGACAUAAGUUUCACACUUGCUGCCUUAGGAGAUGGCUCCCAAGAAGAAACAUUUGCCCUCUCUGUAGAAGGAUUGUGAUUUCUGUGCCCAGCUGA